ACAAAGAGAGGAAGGAGGCGGGGGUUCCGGCUGUCAGUGGCCGGUGCAGCAGCACAGCAGCUCGGCUACAGCAGGGAGCAGCAGCCUGCUCUCCUGGUCCUCUCUUCCCGGCACAUAUUCUGCGUCCUCCCCGCUGACACCCGCUCCAACAUGUCCGCCAGGCCGGGAUUCUACCGCCAGGAGCUGAACAAGACGGUGUGGGAGGUUCCGGAGCGGUACCAGAACCUGACGCCGGUGGGCUCCGGAGCCUACGGUUCUGUGUGCUCGGCCUACGACGUGGUCCUGCGGCAGAAAGUGGCGCUGAAGAAACUCUCCAGGCCUUUCCAGUCUCUGGUCCACAGUCGCCGCUCCUACCGGGAACUGAGGCUCCUCAAGCACAUGAAACACGAGAACGUGAUCGGGCUGCUGGACGUCUUCACCCCUGCUGUCGCCUUGGAGGACUUCAACCAACUCUACCUGGUCACCAACCUGAUGGGUGCAGACCUCAACAACAUAGUCAAGUUCCAGAGGUUGUCUGACGAGCACGUUCAGUUCUUGAUCUAUCAGCUGCUGCGAGGCCUCAAGUACAUCCAUUCAGCGGGCUUAAUUCACAGAGACCUGAAGCCCAGCAACGUGGCCGUUAACGAGGACUGUGAGCUCAGAAUCCUGGACUUUGGCCUGGCGAGGCAGACGGACGACGAGAUGACAGGCUACGUGGCGACUCGCUGGUAUCGAGCGCCAGAAAUCAUGCUCAACUGGAUGCACUACAACCAGAACGGUGAGAGCUCCUUCCGUCGGAGACCUUCUGAGGGAGGAAAGAACUUCACAUGUAGGCUUUGUCUUCCAGUUGAUAUCUGGUCAGUGGGAUGCAUCAUGGGAGAGCUGCUGAAGGGGAAAGUCCUCUUUCCCGGCACGGACUAUAUCGACCAGCUGAAGAGAAUCAUGGAGAUAGUUGGAACGCCGACGCCUGACCUCCUGAAGAAGAUCUGCUCCGAGCAUGCUCAGAAGUACAUCCAGUCUCUGCCUUUCAUGCCCCAGCAGGACCUGGAGAAGAUCUUCAGGGGAGCAAAUCCACUCGCCGUGGAUCUGCUUAAGCGUAUGCUGGUUCUGGACUGCGACGGCAGAAUCUCAGCCAGCGAGGCGCUGUCCCACCCUUACUUCUCUCAGUACCACGACCCGGACGACGAACCAGAGGCGCCGCCUUACGAUCAGACGCUGGAGAGCAAAGACCGCACUCUCGAAGAAUGGAAAGAGUUGGUGUUUGCGGAGGUGAGCGGUUUCAAGGCGUCUGGCGGCAAGACCGGCGGCCUUCAGGCGGAGCAGUGAGCCCCGCCCGUGCCACACCCGCUCACCUGUACAAGUCACCUGGACUUCCCGUCAGCCUGAAAGAAGAAAAACGCAGCCUGCUUCCUCGUUAUUGCAACACUUUUGAUGUUUUCGCCGUUUACACGCUAAGAAUGUACUCCCGCCUGCAUACUACAUACUGCAUACUGCAUACUACAUACUGCAUACUCCAUACUACAUACUACAUAGUACAUACUAUAUACUGCAUACUGCAUACUACAUACUACAUACUGCAUACUGCAUGAGUGUACUAUGUCAACACGCCAGCCUGCAGGUCAGAGGGAGGAAAUGCACCAAAUAAUCAUUUCAUCAAAUGAUAAAAGUUGCAGUGAGGAAGUUGUAGUAACCACCGACUGUGCUUUGACUUCAUUUAAGUGUUCACAGCGUGGAUCGUCAACACACCUUGCUAAUUAUUUCUAUGGUUUAUUAAGUAAAUAUGAUUUCAGCAUCACUUUCGAUUGUUUACUGUAUUUGCAGGGUGAGCUGCAACUGUCGAGUGUACUUAAAGUAUGCUAACGUGAACGUGGAGUGUACCUACAGUACGCUAACGUGAAGUGUACUUAAAGUAUGCGAUGUUACGUCGUCUGGAUUUUAAACGUGUGUGUUUUACUUUUUAUAUUCUGUGUGUUACUUUUGUUCUUAUAAACAUUUGAUCACCAAAUCUUUA